AUGAGUAGCGAAAUUUCAGACCCCUUUGGGGGCGUCGUUGUAUCUAUAUUUAUUAGCUUCCUCCUCUUGGGUGCUGUGUUUGUGCAGGUAUACAUUUACUUUGAUCGCUAUCCCAAGGACAAUAUCUGGCUCAAGGCAUUUGUCAUAGUUCUCUUUACCUUGGAUGUUCUCGACUCUGUUUUUGUCCUUAUGUGGAUUUAUAACCUCCUGAUCGACAAUUUUGGGAAUCCCGUCGCAUUCACCAAAACUGAAUGGACUGCCGUAACUGACCCGCUUCUGGAGGGUAUCAUCGCAGGAAUGGUUCAAGGCUUUUUUGCAUGGAAGAUCUGGGUGUUAACCAACAACUAUUUCUACCUCGGUGUGAUCGUCCUCUGCACAUUGACAUCUUUUGCCGGCAGUAUGGCGACAAGUAUACUCUGCUUCUUAAUCGCCGAAUCAGUUGACUGGAAUGGGCUUCGUAAUGAAGUGGGCGCACCCAUUCUUGUAUGGCUUAUUCCAGCGGCACUUGUGGACCUCGUUAUCACAAUCAUUAUCGUCAUAUAUCUGCAGCGAGCAAAAGGUUCCAUCAGGCGGACUAAUCGUAUCUUAGAUAGAAUUACACGACUGACGAUACAGAAUGGGUUUCUCACCGCCACCGUCGCCCUAACUGAUGUAGGUUUGAGUCUCGGUGUGACGAGUCGGCCUUACUAUCUUUGUGCGGGCUCUCCAAUUCCUGUUCUGUUUGACCACCCUAAUCAUUACCUCUCAGGGGUCGUAUUUAUCUUGCCUAAACUGUACACAAACUCAGCACUUUCCAGUCUUAACGCAGUGCGUAAUAUGACCUCUGCAGUAAUUAUCUAUAUACCCACUGUGGACGAUUCAAUCGUGUCUAGCGCCAACCCCACAUUCCAGGAUAUCGGAGAUGAAGUGGCCUCUAUGGCCAUGUCGUGCAAUAAUAUCGAGUUCGAUCACAGGGAGUCGCUGUAUUCAUAAGCGCCGAGCAUGAGUCAUGAGAUGAGAUACCCUUGUAGCCCGAAGAAUGUCAGCUAGCCAGGUUUUUGCCAGACGACAAGACAUUCCGAAAGACCGCCUGACUAAGGCAGUGCAAACCUAGGCCGAAAAAAUGCACGAUGAUAAUAGCGGGAACUACGACUCUUAAGUAUCGCUAUCUUCGACGAUCUUGUUGUUUGUAUAGUAAUAAUCAACGACGUAUUCUAGUCUAGU